GCCUCCCGCGUAGCUGAGAGGUACGACAUCAAGGGAUGUGAGGUGAGCCGCUGGGUGGAGCCGGCCCCCGAGGGCAGCCCCCUCGUCCUGGUGCUGAAGGACCUCAACUUUCAGGGCAAGAUCAUCUGCCUGGGACCCCAGCGGCGCUGGUUCCUCCGCCAGAUGGAACUGGAUACCACCUUCCUCCGGGAUCUCAAUGUGCUGGAUUACAGCCUCCUGAUGGCCUUCCAGCAUCUCCACGAGGAUGAGAAGGGCCCGGGCAGCAGCCUCCUCUUCCGCGUGGCCAGGUCUGUGCAAGGGGCGCAGAGCCCAGAGGAGCCAGAAGCCCAGAAUCGCCGGCUGCUGCCGGACACCCCCAAUGCCCUACACAUCGUGGAUGGGCCGGAGCAGCGCUAUUUUGUGGGCCUGGUUGAUCUCGCCACGGUCUAUGGCCUCCGCAAGCGGCUGGAGCACCUGUGGAAGACACUGCGCUACCCUGGCCGGACCUUCUCCACUGUCAGCCCGGCUCACUAUGCCCGUCGCCUCUGCCAGUGGGUGGAGGCACACACUGAGUGACCGUGCCUGGCCCCACUCCUCCCAUAUGGACUGUGGGCACCUUCCAGGAAAGCUGGGUCCCGGAAGUUCCUGGCAGCUGCCUGAGGUUCCCCGAGCUGACCACCAGAGGGCAGCAUCCACCAACUAAUACCAUACCUGCGGUCUUCCACGCUCACCACCAGAGGGUAGCAUCCUCUAAUACAUACCUGUAGUCUUCCUGCUGACCACCAGAGGGCAGCAUCCACUUAAACUAUACCUGCGGUCCUUCCACUGACCACCAGAGGGCAACAUCCUCAAAUACGUAUCUGCAGUCCUCCCGCUGACCACCAGAGGGCAGCAUCCUCAUACAUAUACCAGAGGGCAGCAUCUCCUAAUACCAUAGCUGCAGUCCUCCUGCUGACCACCAGAGGGCAGCAUCCCCUAAUAUCAACCUGCGGCCUCCCUGCUGACCAUCGGAGGGCAGCAUCCUCUAAUACAUAGCUGUAGUCCUCCCGCUGACCACCAAAGGGCAGCACCCGCGAAUACAUAUCUGCAGUCCUCCCGCUGACCACCAGAAGGCAGUAUCCAAUACCAUACUUGCGGUCUUCCCACUGACCACCAGACGGCAGCAUCCUAUACCAGAGGACAGUAUCCACUAGCACCACACCUGCGGUCCUCCCGCUGACCACCAGAGGGCAGCAUCCCCUAACUAAUACCAUACCUGCGGUCCUCCUGCUGACCACCAGAAGGCAGCACCCCCCAAUACCAUACCUGCAGUCUUCCCACUGACCACCAGACGGCAGCAUCCUCUAAUACAUAUCUGCAGUCCUCCCGCUAACCACCAGAGGGCAGUAUCCUCAUACAGAUACCAGAGGGCAGCAUCCCCUAAUACCAUAGCUGCGGUCCUCCUGCUGACCACCAGAGGGCAGCAUCCCCUAAUAUCAUACCUGCGGUCUCCCUGCUGACCAUCGGAGGGCAACAUCCUCUAAUACAUAGCUGCAGCCCUCCCGCUGACCGCCAGAAGGCAGUAGCCAAUGCCACACCUGCGGUCUUCCCACUGACCACCAGACGGCAGCAUCCUAUACCAGAGGACAGCAUCCACUAGCACCACACCUGCGGUCCUCCCGCUGACCACCAGAGGGCAGCAUCCCCUAACUAAUACCAUACCUGCGGUCCUCCUGCUGACCACCAGAAGGCAGCACCCCCCAAUACCAUACCUGCAGUCUUCCCACUGACCACCAGACGGCAGCAUCCUCUAAUACAUAUCUGCAGUCCUCCCGCUAACCACCAGAGGGCAGUAUCCUCAUACAGAUACCAGAGGGCAGCAUCCCCUAAUACCAUAGCUGCGGUCCUCCUGCUGACCACCAGAGGGCAGCAUCCCCUAAUAUCAUACCUGCGGUCUCCCUGCUGACCAUCGGAGGGCAACAUCCUCUAAUACAUAGCUGCAGCCCUCCCGCUGACCGCCAGAAGGCAGUAGCCAAUGCCACACCUGCGGUCUUCCCACUGACCACCAGACGGCAGCAUCCUAUACCAGAGGACAGCAUCCACUAGCACCACACCUGCGGUCCUCCCGCUGACCACCAGAGGGCAGCAUCCCCUAACUAAUACCAUACCUACGGUCUUCCUGCUGCCCACCAGAAGGCAACCGCUUCUAAACGUAGCUGCAGUCCUCCCGCUGACCACCAGAGGGCAGCAUCCCCCAACUAACACCGCAUGCCUGCAGCCCUGUUUGCUGGCAGUGGUGUGCCCAGCAGCGGGCCGAGGACCCUGCUGCUAUACGGCUCCUCCAAUCCUCAAAACAUGCUAGUAUUCCCUUUUGGUGGACCGUGAAACGGGGGCUUGGGGCGGAGGGCUGUCAAGGUCUUUAGCGGCACUUGGCCGUGCCCUUUGCACUUCAGAGUGUGUUCUUGACCCCCAACUCCUGUAGCCUCAUGCUCGGGGGAAGGGGCAGGCGGGACGCUCCCCCACGCGUGUCCAGGUGGGGAGGCUGAGGCCCAGAGCCCCCAAGGGCCUACGCGUGGGUAAGUGGCAGGCUCAGCCCCAAGGACCCAGGCCUCCAGAUCCUGCUGGCCUCCCUCUGGGAUGGCCUCCUUGCUCCAGGGAUGGAGGGGGGAGAAGCUGGGGUCGUGGGGGCUUCCUGGAGCUCUGGGAGGCGUUCUCUGGGGCCCGUGUUGCCCUCAAGUGAGCACUGCCCUCCUCUGGAAGUCGCUUUCUCAGCUGCGGAAUGGGUGUGCGCAUCAGCGGUCCGGCCACGGGCCUGGCUGCACGGACAUCUCCAGGGGCUGCAGAGCCCCGAUCGCCCUCCUCACGCCUCCGGGAAACCCCAGCCUGGCCUCUGACCCCAGUUCGGUCCACCCGUGCCCAAUGGGCCUCUCCUCCAGAGCUGCUCUCGGGCCUGGCUGUGUGACCCGGGGAAGGCGCUGACCCUCUCUGUGCCUCGUCAGUCUACUUUUUGACCUUUGUUCCCGCUACACGGGUCGAGCCUGACAAGCGCAAAGGCUGCAAACGACCUCGCCAUCUCAUUAAAUAUGUCCUGAGCACCUAC